AUGCGCAGAAGGAAGUGGGUUGAAAGAAAGCAGAAUUUCUUGAUACAAACUUUAGAAGUUUUCUCUGUUUCACCCGUAACGUGGGAGGAGGAUGAAGAAAGUUUCUUUUUCAGAACUCACCUACAUAAUUGGAAUAAUAAUGAUUGUGAAUAUCUGGGAAGUUGCCAACACAACCGUCUUCAUUUACAUUUUAAUGUUGAUGGCGGCAACGCUUUCGCAGAUUUUGUUGUUGUGCCUUCGAACCAGGAUAUGUCCUUUAGUAACACUUUCCGUCACAAGGUGGCGCUAGUAAUAGUAAUGUGUCCUGAAUUAUCGUCUAAUUUGAGUAAGUUUUCUCGAUACUUUUUUUAUGUCUUAAAUGAUAAUGAGACAACAGAGAUAGAAAUUAUCAUGGGGCUGUUUCAAAUGGGGGACGGUAGUGGCAUGGGACUGAUGAUGCGACUAUCAGUAUCAAGUCGUGAUAAAAUGAAAUCUGAUGAAUUAUCCAACAGCAGGUUGUGA